AUGCAGCUGCUAGUACGCGAGGGCGCCAACUUGAACGUGGCAGACAAGGACGGCGACACGCCUCUUCACGAAGCUUUGAGAUAUCACACGUUGUCGCAGCUGCGACAACUGCAAGACGUCCAGGACGUCGGUCGCCUCCUGAUGGGUCUGGGCGCCCAGGGCCAGGACAAGAAGAGCAGCUCGUUCAUUGCCUGCUUCCUCGCUGCCCACGGAGCCGACCUGGAAUUGAAGAACAAGAAGGGACAGACUCCUCUUGACCUAUGUCCGGAUCCGAAUCUCUGCAAAACGUUAACCACUUGCCAUAAGGACAGAGAAUCACACAAUAUUGAAGCGACAGUCCCAUCAGCGACGAUCGACGAGUGUUUGGUCUGCUCGGAUGGAAAACGUGAAAUGCUUUUCAACCCCUGCGGACAUGUCGCUUGUUGCAACACUUGCGCACCAAGGGUAAAAAAAUGCUUGAUCUGCCGAGAGAACGUUCUAUCGAGAGUGAAGAUCGAGGAGUGCGUAGUCUGUUCCGAUCGCAAAGCUGGCGUGUUAUUUCGUCCAUGUGGUCACAUAUGUGCUUGCGAAGGUUGCGCUACCCUUAUGAAGAAAUGCGUCCAAUGCAGAGCUCAGAUUCAACACAUGAUACCCCUAUCCGUCUGUUGCGGUGGUCCAGGAGACGUCACUUACGUUAAGGGAUGCAAUACUUCAGGUAACAUCUCAGACGUAAAAAGCGAUCCAGAAGAAGAACCGACGACAAGCAAGCAAGCUACCGCUACUGGGGAGCCUCUUAUGAACAAUGGAAGCAUAGAUAAAACGCUCAGCGAUAUAGAGAAACUCGAACAGCAACUUCAAGACAUCAAAGAACAGACCAUGUGCCCAGUUUGUUUGGAUCGUUUGAAAAACAUGAUAUUCCUAUGCGGCCACGGAACCUGCCAAAUGUGUGGAGACCGGAUGUCAGAGUGCCCGAUAUGCCGGAAGGCCGUUGACAGACGAAUUUUGCUCUACUAAGCACAAAAAACCCAUUGUUUUUAUGUUGCUGGAAUUUUACAUACGGACAAAUCUAAGAGGAUAUUUAAAUAUUGUCUCCAUUCGGCGAUAUAAAUCUGACAUCUCGUAAAAUUAAUGGAUUAAUUAAAUAUUGUCUUGGGUGCUCUUUACUUUGGGGCACUAAAAAUUAUGAAUUUUUUUUGUACCAUUUAGUAAUUUUUGAUGGCCAGAUUACGAAAAUGUAAGUUGAAAUGUUAGGAAUCCAACAGUUAAAAAGAUACGCGUGUGUAAAGUUGAGCAUUUUUGACGUGUUUAGUUGGUUAAUCCGACGCCAUAAUGGCUUUGACCGUGGGUUUGGUGGGUAAUUAGGUCGGUAAUGCCAUUCAAUUGUAAACAUGGUACAAAAAAAAGUUCAUAAUUUUUGGUGCCCAAAAUAAAGUUUAACCAUUGUCUUGAUUCGGAGAUUUGAUAUUUCGUAAAAUUAAAAAAUCUACAAAUCAUUAGUAGACUGCGGAUGUUGAUGCAAAUUCAUAUUUGAGACAAAUUUGGAACAGAAAUUGAAACUUAAAUGAAAGUAUGUCUUCUCUUCUGAACAGUAUAACAUAUACAUCAUUGUUGAUAUAUUAUAUAUUUUUCCAUUUGUACACAUUCUCAUAAAUUUACCCAUAUUCUCAUUUGUCAUAAAUGCAUAAACAUUCGCAAUUUAAUUAUUACGAACUUUCUCAUCAAACACUAUUGUACUAAUGUUAUACAUAAGUAUUCUCGAAAUUAACAAUCAGUAAUGAAAACAAUAUGGAUCUUUUUUUUUUAAUUCUAUUAUUUAAAGUCGCAGGCCUCCAGGCAUUAGCGACCACAUUUUUGUUAUCAGAUAAUUUACUAUAACAAUAAUGAUUAUUUCAUAUGUAUGUGUCGAAAAAAGACUAUACACAAUAUUCAAAUGUUCUUUUUGAAUAGAAAUAAGACGACGAAGAGAAAUUUCAGUUGUCCGCAAAUCUCGCAACUUCGGCUGUUAAUUAUGCGUCGUAAUAAUCAAUUCGAUUAAGUGCCGAGAUAAUCAAUCGCUAAUCGAGCGAAGCACGAAACGGAAGUAAUAACGUAGCGAAGUAUACAAGAAAUUUGCCACUGUCAGAUAGGUAUUAAUGUUUCGUUUCUUUUAUUUCUCAUUUAAUUUUACCUAACACAUAUAAUCAGUGAUAAAUAAACAAUUGUCUUCUAGUAAUUAGCAUUAAUCAAUAACAAACGUUUAAGACAUUUCCAUGUAUUCACUAACGGUUAUGAUUAUCGUAGUACAUAAUUUGUACACAAAAUUGUCAUUUAAGUAUAUUCGAUACAAAUUUAAACAAUGUUAUAGAUACAUUGUACAUUAUCCUACAAAGUUCAGCCAGCAAACUUAUCGUGAAGUUUUUGCUUUCCUUAAUCAGAUAUAACAAUCAUCAGGACGAAGUAAUUUUUAUUUUGCAAGGUAACAUCAGAUUAUACAUAACUGAAAUAUGAAACUCCACCAUGACAAUUGUAGAAGAAAAUUUUCUUAUUACUUUUGAUUAUUUUAUUAUUUGUACUGUCAAUUUUACAUUGCAUUUCGUUAUUAAAUGUACAUUCUAUGCCCUUGACUUUUGUUCUAAAAGCCAAAUUCGUUUUUUGUUUCAAUUUUUUGUAAUGAGUGAUAAUUUUUUUGUCCUGUGGGUUCUGUGCAAAGUUUUCUUGUAAAUAUGCUUAAUAAUAUAUGAAUACAGCUGCAUCUGUUCUCCCUGCUUGAAACUACAUAAACAGACCUACUAAUCGCAGUUUUGAUACUUACAACGACAAUGGAUAGUGCCAAAUAGUUUUAUAAGCAGUAAAAGAUUCAGUUUACCACUGAACGCUUACUUGAUUAUGGAAUGUUGAAAGUAGUUAAUUAUUAUAAUUCAGAAUUAUCUUAAUUUUACAUUGCAUAUUUAAAGAGUGGUUUUAAAAUUAGUAUUAAUGAAAAUAAUUAAUAGUUAUCUGCAUAAACGUAGUAAGUGAAACUAUCCAUGUCUCAUUGGACAACAAAAAUAUUACAUUUUGUCUUAAACCUUAAAAAAAAAGGAAGGCAAAGUUUUCAAAAGGUAAUAAACGACGAACAAAUACCUAUUUAGGACUCUUUUUGGCUUACCGAAAUUCUUGUAAAACAAAAGUUUUCUUUUCUUUCAUUUUACUGAUUUCGAAUUUAUAAAUAUACGCAACGAAUCACAAGAAUCAGAAGACAUAAAUAUAUUUUGAUUUACAGAUAUAGAAUGCAAUAAAAUGCAAUAGGCAGAAUUUUCAUGAUCUCAACAAAUGAUGACGCUGAACAGAAUUCAUUUCUUGCAAGGUCUAAUUCUUCAGAAUUAUAAAGCUACAAAUUCACAUAUGUUUUUCUAUACUGUCUUUUUUUUUAUUUGUGACGAUCAUUAUAAGCAAUUCAGCUAUAUAUUGUAUCAUAUAUUUGUAACAAUUAUAAUACAAUAUUUAAAUAUUAAGUUACAGUAACAAAAAAUGUAUACCGUCGUUUAAAAAAUCUUUAACGAUCUUCGAAAACUUAAAGAAAAUGACGUUAAUGAUACUAUACAUUUUUCUAUAUCUACAAAUUCAAAGCAGGUUAUUUAGUGAUUAUACUAACGAUCUUGUACAAACAUUGUAGAUUAAUUUCAAAGAAACAUUCGGGACGAAUAUUGAUCAUUGACGAUGUAUUCAUGAAAGAAUGUUUGUAGCAUUGUAAACAAAAUUUAGCAUUAUACGCGAUAUAAAUAAUCUUUCAAACAUUAAUUGUAUAAUUAUAUACUAAGCGCUUAGUUUUUUGCUUCUAUUUUCGAUUCAUCUUCCUUUUUUUAAGGAUAUUAAUUUUUUUAAAAAUUCCUUUAAACUCAAAGAAUCGCUACUUCCAAUUAUAAAUAACAAUAAUGAAAUUUGAUAAAUUGAUAUUUUAUUAAAAUCAAUUUGCAUGUCUGUAGGGUGUGACUAUGUGUGUACUCUAUGGUGUACAAAUUUAUUAAGUGUAAAAAUAUUUUUACACGUUAUGUAUAAUGUAACAUUUUCUCCUUUUUUUUUAUAUAAUCUUAUUCAAAUCGAUGUACUUUUUUUAAUGGUUUUUGUUCUGUCUUAAUUAUGAUUUAAAGCAAGUGCAUACGAUAAUGGAAAUAUUGGGAAUACGUUCCAUUCCAAAUUAAAUAAUAAAAAUGAUAACGCACAACACAGAGCAUGAUCCUACCCAAAACAUUUAAGUUUCAUUUUGAACUUCGAUAUGUAUGCAAUAUUUUAACUAUUGCUCCCCUGCUCUUCCAUUUACAAAUUUUUGUUUAAGAAUUUUUGCAAAGCAGUUAUUAUAUUUAGAAUAGAAAUCUUAUUAAUUAUACUUAAAAUAAGUAGCUCAAUAAUUAAAAAGUAUUUAGACAAUGAAAUCUAAUGCAUGACUCCACUUUUUCAAAACUAUUUCAAAUCGUACAAACAAUUACUUAAUUCGACUAUACAUUAUACAACAGAAAAUGAAAUCAUUAAUAUGUAUUUUUAUAUUAAAUUUAAAGAACUUCAUUAUUUAAUUAAAAUCGAAAUUAAGUUGCGCAAAACCAUGAAAUAACAUUCUGAUUAUAUAUUCACUAUUUAUUAUAUUGAUUAAAAUUACACUAAUUUGGAGUUUCGAAUAAUAUAAUGCAAAAUAUUAAUUUCAGCGACGUAUAGCUUUUAAGUAACUACUUUAUUCACUUGUACUAUUUUACUAUACAGUGCGUAUAAUUAUCUCAGUUGUAUACAAUGAAAUGAUAACAAUAAAUGCGUCUUAAGCCUUAUAAUAAAUACUAGUUCUUUAAACGUCUAUACACAUCAUAUGAACACAUUAAGAUUGCGCGAUUAUUAUUUUUAUUAACCGACUCCAAAAAGGAAGAGGUUACUCAAUUCGACAUGUAUUUUUCUUUAUUUAUUUUUUUUUUUAAGGUAUGUUCGUCGAUUACGUUGAGAUGGCUUGACCAAUCGGAGUGAAACCUUUUGCAUCUUGUAGGAUAUUUAUUCCAGUUGGUCCCGCAAACAAAACAUUUUGUAAUUUGUCCUUUUUUACUCGUUUCUGUGCAACUUUUAUCCCAAUAAAAUAAUUUUUAGAAAAAAAUAUAACCGACUUCGAAAAAAUAUUAAACCUGCACCCUGAAAAUUUUCUUUUUGCAUACGUUUGCUCAUCGUUUCCUCACAAAUGCUCAAUUGGAAUUUUCGUUUGCUCCUUUUAAGUCAAAAGAUAGAACCAUUUGUUUAUACGUCUAAGAGGCCUAAGAUGUCGACGUCCGGAUGUUGUCUCGUCCGUCGCUCUUUUGUUUUAUUUUUGGCUCGCAAAAGACAUAUUAAAAUAUACCGUUUAAACAUGUAAACAAUGUAAAAAUGCUUUAAAUAUCUAUUAGAGGGUCGAAUUCAGUGUAAUCGUUAAAACGUCGUGCAAUCGAUAAAAUGGCAAAUCAACUGUGUUGUACGGCUCGACGGCCGAGCCUAGACGUUGCUCUCAGGGCGAAGUUGUUUCUCAGGGACGUACUAUAAUAGAUAUGUCGAGUUUCACCCCCGUCAGUAAAAAUUUCCUUGCGCUGUCAGUAUUUUUUGUUUUUACAGAUAAAUAAAGUUAUUAAUAUUAUGUGUUAAGGUUUAAGGUUAUAAAUAUUACAUUUAGGAUAACGUUAAAUAGAUUUAAAUUUAUUUAUUAAUUUAAUACAAUUAAAAUGUCAUUUGACUAAUUAACUCGCCAGUUAAUGACGUAACGAAACGUCAUGCCUCGCGCCACGCGUGGUUGCGGCGACCGCUAGUCAUCGAUGGAUCAUUCUUAUCCAAAACAUCGAAACUAAUACAUGUUUGUCUUUUCACCUCUAACAACGCGCCUAUCGCUUGUGCUCGAACUGUAACGACGAUAUUCGCUUCGAUUUCGACGUAUCGCGUGGAAUUUAUACGCCGAUCGAGAAUUCCAUCGCGGAAACGGAGUUAAUAAAGUUAUGUGUGACAAUCGAGUGAGUUAAUUUUCUUCUUUAACAAACUAUAAUUUCCACAAACUUCCUGCAGGAUAGUUCCAGACAAAUUCUAAUAGCUUUGCCUAUACAAAUUUUGGUCCUUCGAGCCGGAUUGCAGUGAAGUGUGAAAAGAAAG